AGUGAGCCAUGAUCAUGAUCAUGCCACUGCACUGUAGCCUGGGUGACAGAGCGAGACCUGGUCUAAGAAAAAAAAAAGCCAGUUGUCGGAGAGAAGUGCUUGGCCUGCUAAAGGAAAACUGAAGGAUGAAGAUGAAUGCAUAUACAGAGAAAUUUUAAAAUGGAGGAAGCUUACAUAAUGGCUUCAAUGUAAAAUUUAUAGUAUUAUUAGUAUUAUUGCUUAUUAGUAGUACCUACAGAUAGAAUAGUAACUAUAGAUAGAUUAGUUAGAAUUAGAAAAUACCUUGAGUUAUCUCAGGCAUAUGUAGAAAGAUUAAACUUCUGUUCUGUAUAAAUGUUUCAUUCUUUUAGCUAUGCACUGAACAUAUCUUUGCCUAUGCUUUUAAAUGCAUUUGCCUGCGAAAGCAUAGCCAUGUGAAGUAAUUAUAUAGACUACCAGUUAGGCCUGUUGGGUCCACAUUUCUGCUAAUUAUUCAAGCUGUGUAUUUUGAGUGCUAAUAAUAGUGGGAACUCAAGUACAGUAUUUUGUUUAAAAGUUAGUUUAUAACCCUCAGUUUGAAAUUUUUGUAUAAAUGUUUUAUUCUUUCUGAAAGAUGCCCCAAAACAAUAUUUUAUAUUUUGUAUAGUAUAGAAAUUUACUAGUAAUAUGUUCUAUAGCUUAGCAGGCACACUGUACAAUUAUUCAUUUCAUUGAAAGUAAUGACAAAUAUAUGUCAUUUUGAAAUUUUAAUUUCCCCAUUUUAAAAUGUUGCCAGAUUAAUUAGUUCUUUAUCAGUCCUGAUGUUGGGAGUUUCCAACUAGAAGACUCGUUAGUAAAUGAGUAGAUAUGGAAGCUAAGGCCUCCUUCAUUACUCUUAACCCUUUCUCCUCUUCCCAACAAAGUGGCGAGGAGUCCCUGACCCAAGAUAGUUCUUUUCAUAUAUUUUUUAAUAGCUAUACAAGUAAUACAUCUUUUUGCUGUAAUAAAUAAAAUAUAAAAAUGAUAUGCUAUACCUAGAUAUAUUUUGACAGCUUUUCAGAUUUUUUUAGGUAUUUUUAGAAAUAGUAAUUAGGACAUUUAUAGUGCGUAUACUCUUUUCUAUACUGCUUUAUUUCUUUUACUUUAACAGUAUAUCAUUACCAUAUCAAUAUUCAUCUAUUUCUAAAUGUACUUCUUCUACCUCAUUUUUAAGCCUGCAUUGUUGCAUGGAUUUUCAAGGUGGAUUUUUUUUCUUAGUCUUUAUUCUUACAAAGUGUUCUCUAAGUCGCUCCUUAAUCAAUCUCUCUAUCUCCAAUACAACUCUAGGUUUCUUUCCAGUUAUAAGGAGAUUCUAUAGCAGAUAGACCAUAAGUACUUGGUUUCCAGGAACAUUAUUUCAUUUUUUUUUUCAAGCAGGAUGGGUGAGCAGUAUUAUCAUACUGUAUAUCCUGACGAUGGCACUCAUCGCUUGAGAACAUGUCUGUUUUUUUCUCCACCCACCAGAAACAGAAGCCAGUGUCUGACUUUUCUUUCGAGCAGCCAGGACUUGAAAGUAUACAUACUUAUCUCCCCAAACACAUGGCUUUUUCCUUGGUCUUCAUCUGCUCUUCAGGAGCUCCUGCUACAAGUCUUCUCUUAGACUAUCACCAGCCUUCCUUCCUCUUCUGUUCCAGCCUAUUCAGGAUUUUUUUAUUUUGUUCAUUUUGUAUUCAAACUUCUUAUGAACCCUUUUAAGAUCAUACUUAAGAAAGGAGAAAUGUUGAAUUCGUCCAAAGUAACCAGUUAUUACCGGCAUUUAGUUAAUUAAUAUUUCUUGUCCAUUCUAAGGACUAUAUUUCAGCCUCCUUAAUUUAAUCUAUUCUACUUUGUAUUAUUUUUUAAAAUUAUUCUAUCCUAAUCUGGCCUUAAAAAAUAGAUAUUUUCAUUCCCAUCUUAGAAAAAGUCUUACUUCAAAUUUAUGUCACUACACUAAAUAUAAAUACAAUUUUAGGGGAAGCUGCUUCCAAAUGGUAGAUAUGGUUUAGUAAGAUUGGUUUUUUAACAUUUUACUUAAUAAGUAGGUGAUUCAGUAGAUGAACCUCGUGAAAUUUGCUAGUGAUCCUUUAACCUAACCGGCUAACACCUUGGAAAAACAGAUUAAGGUUCUAAUUAGCAUUGACAAGGUGAAGAGGGACAUGGGUAUUAACAAGAGGAAGUUGACCAAAGACCUGCUGGGUGAUUCAAUAGAGGACUAAAGAUAUAAAGUGUAAAUAUAACAGGGGCCACCAGAUUUUGAAGAAGCAUGAGAGAAAGAGAAAUAAAUAUUAUUAAUUAUCAGAAAAUAAAGUAUUAUUAUUUUAAAAGCCAUGAUUCUGUUAAUAGUAUUUUUAACAGUGAUUUUAUUGAUUGGUCAUUUUGUAGUUAAGAGGAAGGCUUUUUUUUUUUUUUUUUUUUACUUUUGCAGAAUUUUUUCCAUUUGUUUCAAAUACGAAUUGAGACAGUGGAGACAGAGGCAAAUGCAAGUGAUUAAAAAACAGGACUGUAAAUCCAAAAAGUUCCAAUUGCCACGUAGUUUUUGUGUUAUCGAACAUGCUGUAAAGUGGUAUUGUUGUUACCACAUUUCUUAGGUGGGAUUUCCAUCAUCUCAAAAUGUGAAUAGGUAUUGUUGAUGUGAACACUGCUUCUCCCUUGUGAGACAGGUUGCAUCAUAAAUACAAAGGACUGAAGUUAUAAAAGAGAAAAAAGAAGAUUGCUGCUAAAAUGAAUCUGAGCAAUAUGGUAUAUUUUGUGCCACACACAAAAAGGUACUGAACAUUUACCAAAAAAAAAAAAUAGUCAAUGAGAAAUAAAGCUAACUAGGAUAUCAAAAAGCAGAGUGCCUGCUCUACUGGCAUCAUGCGUAAAGGAGUGCUUAAGGACCCAGAGCUUGCCGAUCUGUUCUACAAAGAUGAUCCUGAGGAACUUUUUAUUGGUUUGCAUGAAAUUGGACAUGGAAGUUUUGGAGCAGUUUAUUUUGCUACAAAUGCUCACACCAACGAAGUGGUGGCAAUUAAGAAGAUGUCCUAUAGUGGGAAGCAGACUCAUGAGAAAUGGCAAGAUAUUCUUAAGGAAGUUAAAUUUUUACGACAGUUGAAGCAUCCUAAUACCAUUGAGUACAAAGGCUGUUACUUGAAAGAGCACACUGCUUGGUUGGUGAUGGAAUAUUGCUUAGGCUCAGCGUCUGAUUUAUUAGAAGUUCAUAAAAAACCACUACAGGAAGUAGAGAUCGCUGCCAUUACUCAUGGAGCCUUGCAUGGACUAGCCUACCUACAUUCUCAUGCAUUGAUCCAUAGGGAUAUUAAAGCAGGAAAUAUUCUUCUAACAGAACCAGGUCAGGUAAAACUAGCUGAUUUUGGGUCUGCCUCAAUGGCUUCUCCUGCCAACUCCUUCGUGGGCACACCUUACUGGAUGGCUCCAGAGGUGAUCUUAGCUAUGGAUGAAGGACAAUAUGAUGGAAAAGUUGAUAUUUGGUCACUUGGCAUCACUUGUAUUGAGUUGGCGGAACGGAAGCCCCCCCUUUUCAAUAUGAAUGCAAUGAGUGCCUUAUAUCACAUUGCCCAGAAUGACUCCCCAACGUUACAGUCUAAUGAAUGGACAGACUCCUUUAGGAGAUUUGUUGAUUACUGCUUGCAGAAAAUACCUCAGGAAAGGCCAACAUCAGCAGAACUAUUAAGGCAUGACUUUGUUCGACGAGACCGGCCACUACGUGUCCUCAUUGACCUCAUACAGAGGACAAAAGAUGCUGUUCGUGAGCUGGAUAACCUACAGUACCGAAAAAUGAAAAAAAUACUUUUCCAAGAGACACGAAAUGGACCCUUGAAUGAGUCACAGGAGGAUGAGGAAGACAGUGAACAUGGAACCAACCUGAUGAGGGAAAUGGACAGCCUGGGCAGCAACCAUUCCAUUCCAAGCAUGUCUGUGAGCACGGGCAGCCAGAGCAGCAGUGUGAACAGCAUGCAGGAGGUCACGGACGAGAGCAGCUCUGAACUUGUCAUGAUGCAUGAUGAUGAAAGCACAAUAAAUUCCAGCUCCUCUGUUGUGCCCAAGAAGGAUCAUGUAUUCAUAAGGGAUGAGGCGGGCCACGGCGAUCCCAGGCCUGAGCCGCGGCCUACCCAGUCAGUUCAGAGCCAGGCCCUCCACUACCGGAACAGAGAGCGCUUUGCCACGAUCAAAUCAGCAUCUUUGGUUACACGACAGAUCCAUGAGCAUGAGCAGGAGAACGAGUUGCGGGAACAGAUGUCAGGUUAUAAGCGGAUGCGGCGCCAGCACCAGAAGCAGCUGAUCGCCCUGGAGAACAAGCUGAAGGCUGAGAUGGACGAGCACCGCCUCAAGCUACAGAAGGAGGUGGAGACGCAUGCCAACAACUCGUCCAUCGAGCUGGAGAAGCUGGCCAAGAAGCAAGUAGCUAUCAUAGAAAAGGAGGCAAAGGUAGCUGCAGCAGAUGAGAAGAAGUUCCAGCAACAGAUCUUGGCCCAGCAGAAGAAAGAUUUGACAACUUUCUUAGAAAGUCAGAAGAAGCAGUACAAGAUUUGUAAGGAAAAAAUAAAAGAGGAAAUGAAUGAGGACCAUAGCACACCCAAGAAAGAGAAGCAAGAGCGGAUCUCCAAGCAUAAAGAGAACUUGCAGCACACGCAGGCUGAAGAGGAAGCCCACCUUCUCACUCAACAGAGACUGUACUACGACAAAAACUGUCGUUUCUUCAAGCGGAAAAUAAUGAUCAAGCGGCACGAGGUGGAGCAGCAGAACAUUCGGGAGGAACUAAAUAAAAAGAGGACCCAGAAGGAGAUGGAGCAUGCCAUGCUGAUCCGGCAUGACGAGUCCACCCGAGAGCUAGAGUACAGGCAGCUGCACACGUUACAGAAGCUACGCAUGGAUCUGAUCCGUUUACAGCACCAGACUGAACUGGAAAACCAGCUGGAGUACAAUAAGAGGCGAGAAAGGGAACUGCACAGAAAGCAUGUCAUGGAACUUCGGCAACAGCCAAAAAACUUAAAGGCCAUGGAAAUGCAAAUUAAAAAACAGUUUCAGGACACUUGCAAAGUACAGACCAAACAGUAUAAAGCACUCAAGAAUCACCAGUUGGAAGUUACUCCAAAGAAUGAGCACAAAACAAUCUUAAAGACACUGAAAGAUGAGCAGACAAGAAAACUUGCCAUUUUGGCAGAGCAGUAUGAACAGAGUAUAAAUGAAAUGAUGGCCUCUCAAGCGUUACGGCUAGAUGAGGCUCAAGAAGCAGAAUGCCAGGCCUUGAGGCUACAGCUCCAGCAGGAAAUGGAGCUGCUCAACGCCUACCAGAGCAAAAUCAAGAUGCAAACAGAGGCACAACAUGAACGUGAGCUCCAGAAGCUAGAGCAGAGGGUGUCUCUGCGCAGAGCACAUCUUGAGCAGAAGAUUGAAGAGGAGCUGGCUGCCCUUCAGAAGGAACGCAGCGAGAGAAUAAAGUACCUAUUGGAAAGGCAAGAGCGAGAGAUUGAAACUUUUGACAUGGAGAGCCUCAGAAUGGGAUUUGGGAAUUUGGUUACAUUAGAUUUUCCUAAGGAGGACUAUAGAUGAGAUUAAAUUUUUUGCCAUUUACAAAAAAAAA